AUGAAGAAUACAGAUGGUUUGCUGCAUUUGUAUGCUUAUUGGGCUUGUUUGGAGCUAAAUUUAGUUGCAGCUUUAGGUGUUUGGGAGAGCCUGGUUAAGAUCUGUGAGUCAAUGUUGGAAGCCUGCCAAGGUUAUAUAGCUAUGGAAAUUGAUUUGGGACAUCUAAACGAAGCUAGGUCCAUCUCCAGGAGAUGUUAUAGUAAAAGAUUUAGUGGGACAGCUUCAGAGAGAUGUUCAAGUAAUAUUUUUGNAUCCCAUAUCACCAAUUUGUGCUUUAACAAUAAAAGAGUUUUCCUUUCGUCAAAGAGGGUGUUUUCUUGCAGGGCUAUUUACAACCCUGAGGUUCAAAUCAAAGUGGAGGGCCAGCCUGGAACCUUGGAUUACAGAGUCUUUUUUGUUGACAAUUCUGGAAAAAAGAUUUCGCCAUGGCAUGACAUACCAUUACAAUUGGGAGAUGGUGCUUUCAACUUUAUUGUCGAAAUUCCCAAGGAGUCAAGUGCAAAGAUGGAGGCUGCUACUGAUGAGCUAUACACUCCCAUUAAGCAGGAUACUAAAAAGGGAAAACUUCGAUAUUAUCCAUACAAUAUAAAUUGGAAUUAUGGAUUGCUUCCACAAACAUGGGAAGACCCAUCAUUUGCCAAUUCUGAAGUUGAAGGGGCAUUUGGGGAUAAUGAUCCAGUUGAUGUUGUUGAGAUUGGUCAAACUCAAAGGAAGAUUGGUGAUAUUCUUAAGGUCAAGCCCUUGGGUGUUUUAGCCAUGAUUGAUGAGGGGGAACUUGACUGGAAAAUAGUUGCAAUUUCAUUGGAUGAUCCAAAAGCUUCCCUUGUAAAUGAUGUUGAUGAUGUUGAGAAGCAUUUCCCGGGAACUCUCUCUGCAAUCCGAGACUGGUUUAGGGACUACAAAAUCCCGGAUGGAAAACCUGCUAACAAGUUUGGUCUUGGCAACAAGGCUGCAAACAAGGAUUAUGCCUUGAAAGUAAUCACAGAGACUAACGAAUCAUGGGCCAAACUUGUAAAGAGGUCCAUUUCUCCUGGAGAGCUUUCCCUUGUAUAACUUCAACUCCCAAGACUACAUAAGGUGCUGCUCGGCUAUUGCCUAUUUUUCUCUCCCAUAGAGCAAGUCCUGUUGAUGUUUAUUGUCAUUAGCAAGAGUUUUCUAGACUAUUUAGUUUGGAUAAUCCACUAUUAUGUAGUCUUCUUAUUUAUGUAACAAAUAUAUGUUUAAGCUAUCAUUUUUGGCUUUGAAGAUGUAUUUGGGAUUGGUUAACUUUAGUCACAAUAAUUAUUCAGAAUGAUAUUCUCUUUGUUUCCCAA